GGAUGCGGAAGUAAACAGUAAACAUAAAGGAACGGAUUUGUGGCUGCGUCACAGAGCAACUACCGUACGAACCUGGAACGGGAGGACUUUAGCCGAACCGUGGAAAACCGAGUGGAGCUGACAUGUCUGUGACGGUGAAGGCCUACCUACUGGGGAAGGACGAGGCGGUGAAGGAGAUCCGCAGGUUCACCGUGGACCAGGAGGUCACCUGUAGCUUCGAAUACCUGAGCCGGAAGACGGCCACCGUGUUCAGUCACCUGACCAGCGGAGCCUUCAACACCUACUACAGAGAUGAGGAUGGAGACCUGGUGGCGUUUUCCUCUGAUGACGAGCUAAUGAUGGGACUGGCCUGUGUGAAGGAUGCCACCUUCCGCCUCUACAUCAAAGAGAAGAAGGAGCACCGUCGGGACUUCCCUCUUCAUGCCUUCCCUCCCUUUACCUUUGGCCCCCCUCCUCCUCAUGGCCCGCCCCCUCACGGCCCGCCCCCUCACCAUGCCCCGCCCCCCGCCGUGCACCCUAACGUGACCUGCGACGGGUGCAACGGCGCCGUGAUGGGAACGCGUUUCAAGUGUUCGGUGUGUCCAAACUACGACCUGUGCUCUUCUUGCCAGGCCCAAGGGAUCCACACUGAGCACGCUCUGCUGCCCAUCUGGCACCCGCUGCAGUGGUUUCCUCGGGGGAAGUGGAUGAAGAGGAUGAGACACUGCAUGUGGAACCUGAACCAGGAGCAGAACCAGAACCAGGACCAGGACCGCCCUGGAGCCUCCAGCAGCUCCACAGCUCCUCCUCCUCCUUCUACUGCUGCCCCUGGCCCCAAUGGCAGCGCCCCCUCUGCGUCUCAGGCCAACGUGGAGUUCCUGAAGAACAUCGGGGAGGGCGUGGCGGCCAUGUUGAGUCCACUGGGUAUCGACGUGGACAUCGAUGUGGAACACGAGGGCCAGAGGACCAAGGUGACUCCGCCCACUCAGAGUGAUGGCGAUGUGGAGAUGGAAGGAGCAGAGGGAGGGGGCGGAGCCAGCCAGGAGGGUGGAGCCAAAGAGGGACCAGCAGUCUCCAGAGACUCGGAUGAGGAGUGGACCGACCUGAGCUGCAGAGAGGUUGACCCGUCCACCGGAGAGCUGCAGUCCCUGCAGGAUCAGGACCAGGACCAGGUCCAGGUCCAGGACCAGGACCGGGGGCCUCCGUCAGCCCAGCAGGGACCAUCAGGACUGAGAGAGGCGGCGCUGUACCCUCAUCUGCCUCAGGAGGCCAACCCCCGCCUGGUGGAGUCCCUGUCUCAGAUGCUGUCGAUGGGUUUCACAGAUGAGGGCGGAUGGCUCACACGCCUCCUUCAGGCCAAAGGCUUCGACAUCGGCGCCGCACUCGAUGCCAUCCAGUACGCCAAACAGCCCCGCCCACAAAAGCCCUGAUGACAUCAUCAGUGUGGAGUGAUGUCAUACAUUUACACAGAUAGUAUCUUUAAUCAGAGUCUCUAAUUGUUCUGUAAUUGUACGCGGUAAUUACUACUUUGUAUUCAAUACAUAUUCAUUAACCGCUGAUUUGAUUGUUUUUAUGACUUUAACGUCUUCAUCAACUAGAAGCUGAAGUUUCUGUUAAACUUCCUGAAUAUUAAAAACAUACAAAGAACCUGCCGACUGUUUGUUAUAAACAUAAGAUAAAGAAGCUGUUUGACUUUGCAGAACAGUAAUCAAAUGGUGAAAAUAAGAAUAG